UUCCUCUAUUUUCCACGUAUCAUUAGUAACCAAAUCACACAGAGGACAAACAUGCAUUUUCUAGCCUUGUUGCUGUUGAUCCCAGUAGCUACCUGCACCCCAACUUCUAACCCUGUUGACUGCAGUGAGGUGUAUGAAAAAGGCUAUGGACACAACGGAGUGUACAACAUCUACCCAGCAGGGCCGCUAUCCCCUAUACAAGUCUACUGUGACAUGGAUGAGGGGAAUGAAGGCAAAAAAUGGACAGUCAUUCAGAGAAGAAAAGACGGCACAGUUAACUUUUACAGAGGCUGGGACCAAUAUAACACUGGUUUUGGACAGGCAUCUGGAGAAUACUGGUUAGGUCUAGAGACCAUUCACACUCUCAUCACGCGGAAGAACUUUGAACUGAGAGUGGACAUGGAGGACUUUACAGGAGCCAAAGUCUUCGCUCACUACCAGUCCUUCUCGAUAGGUUCAGAGCAGGAGGGCUACAAGCUCAAUCUGAGUGGAUUUGUGGACGGUGGAGCUGGAGAUUCUCUGACUGGUCAUAUCAACUUCCCUUUUUCCACAUUUGACAAGGAUCAAGAUGCUUAUAAUGGAAACUGUGCUCAGGCCUACUUAGGAGGAUGGUGGUAUGGAAAGUGCCACAAUUCCAAUCUUAAUGGAAUGUACCUCUGGGGCAGCUCUGCCUAUGGCCAAGGAAUCAACUGGUCCUCUUGGAAAGGGUAUGAAUAUUCACUGAAAGCCAUUGCAAUGAAAAUUAGGCCAAGUUAGGUUAGGUUAAGCUGCUUUAUUCAUACCCAUAGGUACCCAGAUUUCACAUCUCAUUCAUCCACAUUAUACACAAUUGAUACAAAAACACAAUUACAAUAAAGUGUUACAGUACUCCAUAGAAGAAUGGUUUUGUUCCACAAAUAAUUAAAUAAUUCAUCAUGUUUGGCUAAAAAUCACAAUAACUAUAAGAAAAAAAAAAACAGGACAGGACUGAAAUAAUCACAUUUUGGUUUGAUGUCACUUGAUGCAUUGCUUCUAUGCAUUUUUUUCAUAUAAUUUGUAAAUUUGUUGACACUAGCAAAUAAUUUUGUUUGUACAAGUACACGUGUCCUUAUAAACUAAAUACAGUAUACAUUAGCACACCAUGGUCAAUUGUACACAUAAUAAAUAUAUAUAUAAUUAUAUAAAAUAAUUAUAUUUUUUCAGACUAUUUCCACAUGGGGGCGACAGAGACAAAUAUUCCAAUUUAGUUAAAGAGCGUGUUAAUUUCUGUUAACCUAUUAUAAAGCUAGUUAUACCAUUAAUUAUGAUACAUUUGUGAUUUGAGUGUGUUGAAUAAAAAGCUGAAUCAGUGCUGAAAUAGCAGUAACAACCAUCUUUCCUUUUCUAUCUC